AUGGGCACAGGCGUCAUGGCCGCUCACUUUGCAGCCCCAUCUUCCAAUGCUGGCAGUCCUCGCUCACGCCCCACCACACCUCUUUCAGCUGGCCUCACCCCGUCUGGUCCUACUUACGACGACCUCGGUAGAUGGGACGACGCCGAUGUCGCUUCUUGGCUCAAUGCAGCGCGUCUCGGCCACUAUGCUUCCAUCUUUGCCGAACACGACAUUCGCGGCUCGGUCAUCCUCGACGUCGACCAGGCUGCGCUCAAGGAGAUGGGGAUCACCAUGGUCAAGGAUCGCGUUCGCAUCUCGGCCGCCAUCAAGCUGCUCAACAAGCGAUGCGCUGAUUCCGCCGUUGCUCGAAGACCCAGCGUCGUCUCCAUCUCACCUCUCUUGCCCUUAGCAUCGCAUCCGCUCUAUGCCCACGAAGGCGAGAUCGAGUAUCUCCAACACGAUCACACCGCCGAUCCUUCCGCUGAUGGCUCUGGCUCCAACUUUGGACUCAACUCGAUGGGUAUGCGAAGAGGCCAGAUGCGACCACCUCCGCUCACCUUGAAGCAGUCCACCUCUCGAGGCAUGCCAGGAUACGCCUCGCCAGCUGGCUCCAUCAAUCAAAGCCAAGGGUUCGGGUUGAGUGCUGCUCGUGGUCUCACUCCCGGCGCAGCUCGUGGCAGCGUGUGGAACACGGCUUCUUCUUCAUCUGCUACCUCAAAACCGGGCACUCCUGAUGGCGCCCUCCAUCGCAAGGUCAACUCAAUCGGAGGCGUCGCUGCUCCUCUCGCCGUAGGCGCAUCCUCGUCCCUCUCGUCCUCUCGCCAUCCGUACGGUCACGCCGUUCACAGCAAUCGACCAAGCACAGCUACAGGCGCAAGUGGCUAUUCCACCGUGCCUGCAUCCCAAUCAUUACGCUCAAACCACACAUCUAGCAGCCCGACUGCCACUUCGUUCGGCAGCAACAUCAACGCCGCUUCAGCUCGUCCUUCUACCGCUACCGGUGCGCAAUCAUAUACCACCAACGUUCCAGGUACAUCCUCAGCCAGGGACGGCUACUCGCCUCUCACGCCCAUCUCGGAAUCCAACUCGCUCGGCAACACCCCCACAACUCCGUCGGGCAUCCAGCAGCAGCAGCAGUCGGCCGGCUACGCCGUCGGACGCGGUCCCUUUGCCUCUUCGCAGCGCUAUGCCGCCUCUUCCGUACCGUCGCAGCAGCAGCCUUCUUCCGGUCACACACUCAGGCACGUCGACAGUGGCGAGGGCUACAACCUCGCUGGCUACCAGAACCCCAAUCCACCCACCCUCGAGGACCUCAAACGCCGCACCAUCAAGUUCAUCAGCGAAGAGGACAACACGACGCGCAUCGUAAACGUCAGCGACUGUCGCGAUGCGUACGACGUCAUGGCGCGCGUGCUCAAAAAGUUUGGCAAGCCGCCUAGCGGCAACAGCUAUACCCCCACCGCUGAUCAGGGCCCAACUGGCGACGAACUUGGUGCGACAGAGACAUGGGGCAUUUUUGCCACCAGCGCCGACGGCCAGAACACCAAAGCUCUCUCCGACAACGAGCUGCUUGCCAUCUGCCACGCACCCCAGCCCCACGAUCCUCUUCGAGAGCGCGGUCUCACGCUUCGCCGCAUUCCCAACCACCUUCCUGGUGAGGAUGCACGCAAGGUUCCCGUGCGAUCCGGCAGGAACAAGCUCGAAGCCUUCUUUGGUGAGCGCAUGCCUGUGGCACAGAUGCAGCCCGCCGGCCCCGGUUCGGGUGUCAACGCAGAUGAAGAAGAUGCAGGUAGUGUCACAAUUAGCGGUAAGAAGAUGAAGCGUGCUUCCACCGUCAGCAUCAUGUCGGGUCUCGGCGACGGCCCCUUCAGCAGCAGCAGUCACAACACUGGCGCGGGCCACACGCAUGGCAGCACUAGGGCCGAAGGCAAACUUCUGUCCAAGAAGGAAUCCAAGCACAUGUCGCCGCCGCCCGUCACCAGUAAGCCGAGCAAGAUCCGCAACUUCUUCGGCCAGCGGCCUCCCUCAGAACUCAUCAACACCAACUUGGCCGACUUCUUCCCGUCCACCGAUUCCAAGGCGCUCCAACGUACCGCCAGGCGUUCCAUCUACGGUCGCGCUUCCGCCAGCACACGCUCCAAGCGCAACAGCACGUGGAGCUUCGUUGCUGACCCGGAUGCGCCGCCACUGCCCAACAAAGGUUCCAUGGAUGGUCACCCUACGCCGCUCGAGCGGUCCUCGAUUUCGAUCAGAGAACGUGGCACAACCCCGGUCAUUCAGAUUGGAUACGACUCGCGCUCAGAGGAUGACCACCAGAGCAACGCGCGCCGCACGUCGUCCGGCACUCAUUCGCAUCUGCAUCCAUCACUCACCGGUCCGCCGACACUGCCGCCCGUUGUCAGCCGAGACUCGCUCGACGAAUGGUCGCGCGAUCUCAAGGCGGUCGGCUCGCCCGUUACCGAGGAGAACGCCAUGUUCCAGUCCAGCAGACACGGCCAUGCAAGUGGAUCACAGCAGCAUCAUGCCGCGAUGAAGCAUUACCCUUCGCACGCCAGCGGAUACGCCGACCGACCCUCCAUUUCGCGUCGCGCUUCUGGCGAGAGCGCAAGGAGUCGACGCAGUCUCGCUUCUCAGGUCCGCCACGGCCUCAGCGCAGCUCGCGAGCGCAACGCUGACACCGCAAGCUUGCUCACCGUCGAUGAGAUUACGCAGGAGGUUGAGAACCGGAGGGAGAGCAUCUCGCUCGCUGGCGCUGGAGGAGGCUGGGUUGUCGACGAGGACGGCGUGCCCAUUCCCAUACCUGGCUCUUCGUCUCCCUUCUCAUCGUCAGCUGCUGCCUCGACACGGCCCUCCAGCGGCAUCUCUUCGUCGUACGUCCACAACGGCCAUCUUGAACACGACGACAGCGAGGGACACAGUGACGAGGAGGCUAAUCAGUCCUCUGACCUUGAAGAAGCCACACGUACCAGAAAGGCGCGCGGCGUUCCCUCGAAAGCCGCAUCCAUCCGCACAGUGGCGAGCAAGCGCGCAUCGUCCGUUUUGCAAGCUCCAGGCGACGAGUCCGACCGUCAUCUGGGUGAUCCCAUGGCAGUUGCGCGUAGCACCACGUCGCGUGCUAGUUCGGUCUCGGAGCUGCGUCGAUCGGUCCAUGACCAUGGAGAUCCUAGCGAUGGCGAGUCGGGCUCCGACUUUACCGACUCAGACUUGGACUCGGAUGGCUCCGAGACCGACGAAGACGAGCAGGCCAACGAUGUCUAUCUGCCAUCGGCCAAGCCGGCGCCCAUCAAAUGGCACAAGGGUGCGCUCAUCGGCGCGGGCUCGUUUGGUAACGUCUUCCUCGGCAUGAACGCCAAGACAGGCCUGCUGAUGGCGGUCAAGCAGGUCGAACUGCCUUCGGGCGAUUCGCACCUCGACCAACGCAAAAAGGGCAUGCUGGAAGCACUCGAACGCGAGAUCAAGUUGCUCAAGUCGCUCGAGCACGAAAACAUUGUACAGUACCUCGACUCGUUUGCCGAUGACUCUCACCUCAACAUUUUCCUCGAGUACGUUCCUGGUGGGUCGAUUGUUGCGCUGCUCCGCAAUUACGGUGCGUUUGAAGAGCCGCUUGUUCGCAACUUUGUUCGUCAGAUCUUGAACGGUCUCUCGUUUCUCCACAAUCGAGGCAUCAUGCACCGCGACAUCAAAGGUGCCAACAUUUUGGUCGACAACAAGGGAGGUAUCAAGAUCUCGGAUUUCGGAAUCAGCAAAAAGGUCGAAUCGGAUCUGGUGCUUGCUACCAACAAGAGCGGUGCUGGUGGAGGCGGGGCGGGAGGAGCUGCGCAUCGGCCGAGCUUGCAGGGCAGUGUAUUCUGGAUGGCGCCCGAGGUAGUCAAGCAGACGAGCUAUACGAUCAAAGCCGACAUCUGGUCGUUGGGCUGCUUGGUCGUCGAGAUGAUCUCGGGCACGCAUCCGUGGGCCGAGCUGAAUCAAAUGCAGGCGCUUUUCCAGAUCGGUAUGGGCCGUAAGCCGAGCUUGCCGGACGAGAUCAGUAAUGAGUGCCGCGACUUUUUGGAGAAGACGUUCGAGUUAGACUACAACAAUCGUCCGAGUGCGGAUGAAUUGCUCAACCAUGCAUUUAUGGGGACCGAAAUGACGUUCCCGCCGAGCAGUGGAGCGGACGGAAGCGGUGGAGGUGAUGACGAUGCUGGAGGCAGUGGAGACGCAGGAGACGGAGAUGCGUCGACGAUGGGCAUGACCAACGAUGCCGAGACCGGCACAACGAGGGAGACCAGAGAGACAAAGGAUGGCAAGCGGCCGACGCGUUCAAAAUCCACGAGAAGAUUGGAGCGAGAGAAGAGGCACAAAGAGGCCGCUGCCGCGGCGGCGGCUGCAACAGCACUCGAUACUGGCACACCCAACACGCCUACAAGUCAUACGGCUGCGGCUGCGGCUGCGGCUGCGGCUGCGGCUGCCUCUGCCUCUGCCUCUGCCUCGGCGUCGCCAGCUGUCGCUUCCACUUCGCCCGCUCCCGGUGAUGCGGAAACGGGCUCGCCCACAAAUGGCAAGUCUGCCGUACCUCCCGCUGGUAGUACUGGAGGAACGCCGGAAAGCAUCUUGACGGUGUCCAUCGCCACGGCUCGUGGUAAUUCAACUUCCACUGCGCUAUCGGCUGCCGACGCAGCGUUCAGCGAAGAGGCGGAUUCUUAG